GCAAUGGAAAAAUACAAAUUGGAUAGCAGAGUGUAUGGACAGGAUAAAGCAACACAUCAUACCACUGAUUUUUAUAGGGAGUUCAUGAAAAGGAAUCUAGCUCUAAAAAGCGUGAGGAUAAACAGUCUUCAAAUGUUUGAAGAAGAAGAGGACUCAAAAGCACGCAAACUAUCACAUACAUUUUGCCAUGUUACCUGGGGCUUGAUAGACCAAUAUAGCAAAACACCAUGAGUAGGUUUCCUUGCCAAACUAGGAUUGGGAGCUGAAAUAGUUUCACAACGGAAUUCCAGCACACAAUAGCCUUAUGAAUGUUCAGCUCUGUUAGAUACAAAUAUACACACAGGCAUAUAAUCAGGUAGUAGUAAAUUGCUUGUUAUUGUAGCCAGAAGCCCAUGUGACUUGAAUCGUAUCAAGUAACUAUUAUUACUAGAUUUAAAAUAAGCAGUGUCAAGAGCCCUAACUAGAACAUAAUUGGACAGUACAAACAGGGAAGUCAAAAUAACUCUAGCUAUAAAGCCCCCACCAAUCCUCAGAAUACAAUUUGGGAUUAACGGAAACUCCAGGUCAGCGCAAUGGAACAGCUGCCCGGACUUGCAGUAGAGAAGUUGCAGAUCUUUGAACAAGAGGGAUCCAAGUUCUCUGGGAAGCCUCAUGCCCCUGUGGAAAAAUACUAUGAAGCUCUGGUCAAGGGAGACCUGAAGAAGCUCAAAGCGCUUAUCGAUCAGUACUAUGAAGAUGUCAAUAUAGUCUUUGAGAUCAAUAAAAAUGAACUGGAAUGGCAAGUGAAAAGCCAAGCUGCUUAUGGACUGUCAGGCCUGUGGUCUCUGGAAUACAAGAGGGAUCUAACCAACCCGCUCUGCAUCUCAGCCAGCCACGGACAUACCGCUUGCCUUCGCCACCUGCUCUUCUGGCGGGCCGACCCCAAUGCAGCCCCAGGAGGACGAAGCGCUCUCCAUGAGGCCUGUGGCAAAGGGCACACCAACUGCACGGAGCUCUUGCUGGAACACAAGGCUAACCCUAAUCUUCUGAGUGAUGAGGGUCAAGCCCCUUUGCACCUCUGCACUGGCCAGGACACACUGGGGUGUGCCAAAGCUUUGGUGAGAUUUGGUGCCCUGGUGAACCUGCCAAGUGAAGAAACCCAAGAAACUCCUCUUCACAUUGCAGCCAGACAUGGCCUUUACGACCACCUGCAGCUGUAUUUGAGGUAUGGAGCCACUGUGGAUGAGAAGAACAGCAUGGAAGAGACAGCGCUCAGUGUAGCUUGCAGAGAAGCCAAGACUGUGGAGGACCAAGAGAGCUACUUGCAAGUAUGCAAACUGCUGCUGUUGUAUGAAGCAGAUGUGAACACCAUGGAUGAAGAAAAAAAGACCCCCCUUCACAAGGCUUGCAGGAAUGCAAAUCACAGCUUGGUCCAGCUCCUUCUGCAGAGAGGAGCUGAUGUCAAUGCUAUAGAUUACAACGGGGCAUAUCCCAUGUCCUGUGUCCUGCAGGCAGCAGCGUUUAAACAAGAACUGAAGCCACAUCUCACGGUACAAACCUUGCUAAACUAUGGCUCUCAGAAAAUAUGGCCUACAGCCUUUGUCAAGGUACUGAAAUCUUGUGCCUCUGUGCCAGAAAUCAUUGAAAUCCUUUACAAUUCCUACCGUCAGCUGCCCAUCUCUGAAAAAUGGGUAGAUGUUAUUCCAAAGGAAGAUUUUCAGAGGCACCUAACUUUCUACGAGUCCUUCUUUGCCCAAAUAAACAGAGUCCAGUAUCUCCAACAUUUGUGCCGUUGUGAAAUCAGGAGGCGAUUUGGCAGUAAAUGCCAUUAUCUCAUCCCUUUGCUUCCUGUGCCUAAACCACUGCACAAAUACCUCCUCUUAGAGCCUGAAGGCAUCUUGCUUUGAACAACUGCCAGAUCACCAGAUCUCCUUGCUGUUGUGACAUCCCCAUUGGUCUAUGACUUUGAAUAAAGAGUUUACAAUUUUGGUUAAAAUGCAUGCACACAUAUGCAAUUUCAGAAACUAUGUUGUUAUGAUCAAAGCUUUACUGUGAGCUGAAGCUUGUGGUUUUCCAGCAUUUGCGUAUGAUGUGCCUUGAAAAUCCUUUGAUUUGAUAUUUAUUGCUUACUUCACACUCUAUUUUUGAGCAAUAUGUUAAUGCAAUAUAAAUAGUACAAACAAUCUAUACCAUAGAGGAUUAGCAACACUUAGGUAAAAGCAUUUCUUUCUAAAAUGUUGGGACACCAGUAAAAAGUGACUGAGAGUACAUUGCUUGGUGUUUUAUUUUAAAGUGCUAAUAAAAUAUGAAUGAUCCAUG